AUGAACCCUCCUGAAGAAGCAAAGGGAGAUAAAACUGAUAAAGACGAUGUUACAAUAGAUGUAGUUGUAGAAGAACUUCGAGGAGGAUCUGACCCUAAGCUUCUGAAGAAAUCAGCCGGGAGAGAAAAGUGUUGCAUCUUUAAAAUCCCCGAGAGACUCGAAGAAAACAACAAGAAGGCUUAUGAACCGAGGGUUGUUUCAUUUGGCCCAUACCAUAAUGGAAAACCACAUCUCCAAAUGAUUCAAGAGCACAAACAUCGUUUCCUCGGGUUUUUCAUGGCUGAAGCUAAGAAAAAUGGUGUGGAUGCAAAAGAUCUUAUCGAAGCGGUUUCAAAGUUGGAGGAAGAUAUUAGAGAGUCGUAUUCGGAGAGCCUUUAUGACAAUGCCGGAAUAGUCAGGUACCAUGAGAUUGAGAAUGAUCCUAUAUUCGUAAUGCCAUGGAUUAUACCGGCUAUAGGAGUGACCUACUACUUUUGGAGAAUCAGGUUCCUUACUUCCUUCUUCAAACUUUAUUCGAGAAAUCAAAGAUAG